AGCCUACGCUAAAUCGUCUUAGGAAGAGAUUGAACGCUUUUCAGCGCGCUUCAAUAGUUGAAAAUCUAUACUUGGGUUUAAUUCGACAAUAUACGCAGACAGUGAUCAUGGCGUCGGUGUUGGACGCGCUCUGGGAGGACAGAGACGUGAGAUUUGACAUCACUGCACAGCAGAUGAAGACCAGACCAGGUGAAGCACUCAUCGACUGUCUGGAUUCAAUUGAGGACACAAAGGGAAAUAACGGAGAUAGAGGGAGACUUCUGGUGACCAAUUUAAGGAUAAUCUGGCAUUCGCUGGCGCUGCCAAGAGUCAACCUGUCUGUGGGAUACAACUGCAUUAUUAAUAUCACCACAAGGACUGCAAAUUCUAAACUAAGAGGUCAGACUGAAGCGCUUUACAUAUUAACUAAAUCUAAUAACACUAGAUUUGAGUUCAUCUUCACGAAUGUGGUCCCAGGAAGUCCGAGACUGUUUACAUCUGUCAUUGCUGUUCACAGGGCUUAUGAGACUUCUAAAAUGUAUCGGGAUCUGAAGCUUAGAGGAGCUCUUAUUCAGAAUAAACAGCUGAGGCUUCUACCACAGGAGCAGGUUUAUGACAAGAUUAAUGGAGUAUGGAACCUGUCUAGUGAUCAGGGUAAUCUUGGGACGUUUUUCAUUACUAAUGUGAGAAUCGUGUGGCAUGCCAACAUGAACGAGAGCUUUAACGUCAGCAUUCCCUAUCUGCAAAUUCGCUCGAUAAGGAUUAGAGACUCUAAAUUUGGACUUGCUCUUGUGAUUGAGAGCUCUCAACAGACAGGAGGGUAUGUUUUGGGAUUCAAGAUCGAUCCAAUGGACAAGUUACAGGAUGCAGUGAAGGAAAUCAACUCCCUGCACAAAGUUUAUUCCGCAAACCCUAUAUUUGGUGUGGAAUAUGAGAUGGAGGAAAAGCCUCAGCCCCUGGAGGAGCUGACCGUAGAGCAGCCGCCUGAUGACGUGGAGAUUGAGCCGGAUGAGCACACGGAUGCUUUUACUGCUUAUUUUGCAGAUGGAAACAAGCAACACGAUCGUGAGCCGGUGUUUUCUGAAGAACUGGGUUUGGCAAUAGAGAAACUGAAAGAUGGAUUUACCCUUCAGGGACUCUGGGAAGUCAUGGGUUGACAUGCGCAAACACUGUUGUGUAUUGAGGCAUUGCAUUGUUGUUUACAUCCAACAUCAAGAGUUUUCAUUAGAAUUUUGUAUUUAUUUUCAGAAUAUUAAUUUAAUUUUGAUAAAGAUGUAUGUUUACAAAUCAUGAGGACCAAAUUUAAGAAAAAAUCGUGGGGGAAAAAGUUUAAUAUGAAUGUAUAUGUACAAGCAGAAACAUGUAUGUAUUUAAUAGAUUUAUUUGUAAACUGUUAAGAUUACUUAUAUAGUGAAAGUUACAUGAUGACUUUGCUGUUGUUAUGUAGUAAUAAAAUUAUUACAAAAUGUUUUAA